AUGUCUUCGAGACAUGGGAUUUCCAAGAGAGAUACACCCCGCCGGCGCAAAGUCUCACUGGCAUGUGAAUCAUGCCGAGAAAAGAAAAUACGAUGUGACGGCUCCAAGCCGAUAUGUGGGCCUUGCGAACGACGAUCCUAUCCGAUCGAUCGAUGCGUUUACAAACUUGAAAAUGCUCGUUCGGCCAGCAAAGACGAAUAUUUGAAAGUACUGCACAGUCGAAUCCGGGAUCUUGAAGAAAUAUGCUCCCAGAAUGGUGUGGCUGUUCCUCCUGCGCCCCACAGCGUCACUGACGGGGAAGCGAGACUCGACGAUAUUCCGGAGCCUCAAUCUCGUGUGGAUCGCUUGAGCACGGAGUCUAGAACCUCUGUUGCUGUGGAGGGGCUUCUUGGGCUAGGCUCAACUCCCGUGGUGCCUGGCCCACAUCCUUCGCUGGCUUCUCUUUCACCCGGGACGACCCUACCACCGCUUCGUAAUCUAGCUACUUUGCAGCCAUCCCAGCCCAGCAGGAGGCCUUCCGAAUACGAUGGUACCACACCGCAGACGACUUUGGGUUCUUACGAUGCCAUGCAGCUAUCUGGAAAUGUCUACCGUUCCCCAUCCCUCAAUCAACAUGGCAACGUUACUGCCAUGGGUGCAAUAUCUGUCGCAGAGGACGCGGCGACCGACUCUCCCCAAGAGCAAUAUUAUGGCAACUCAUCCACAGCCUCAUUUAUGCGCCUCGCAAGAGACUCCAUGCCCAUCCGGACGUAUCUACAAGCUCUGAAGCGAAUGGAAAAUGACGCACCUGAUGCAUCCCAUCGAGAAACGGGACUGUGGAAGGACUGUAACGAUUCAACAUUGGGCCUCCAAUUCGACGACUUUUCUCUACCUCCUCGAGCCCUGGCAGACCAUCUCCUUGAGUGUUACUGGGAAAGAGUUCAUUGCCUAUACCCCUUCUUCCACCGCCCGAGCUUUGAACAAGCAUACGAGAAUCUUUGGGGCUCGAGCAAGUGGCCGAAACCCGAGCUACCCGAGCUCAACAUCGGACUGGGCGGCUCGUAUGAUUCGGGCCCUCAGUCUAUUGUCUUUCACUGUGCUCUCAAUGCUAUCUUCGGUUUGGGCUGUCAUUUUUCGGAUAUCCCUGCCGCGGAGCGCGAAGCUGCCGUGUAUACAUUUUUUCUUCGGGCGAAGCGGUUUGUUGGUCUUGACCUUCUAGACUGUGGGACGAUUGGAGUCGUGCAGACAUUACUCAUUAUUGCGAUCUUACUUCAAAGUACACCUUACCCAAUGCGAUGUUGGAACAGUAUCGGUGUCGCUUGUCGUGUUGCUCAGGGUCUUGGUCUACAUGAAGAAUCGUCUCAGCGAUCUAUCAAGCCGUUGGAGAAAGAGAUACGAAGACGCACCUGGCAUGGAUGUGUCAUAAUGGAUAUGAUCGUGAGCAUGACUUAUGGCAGGCCAAGCAUGACAUCGCACAUCUCGCCCGUCCCGCUCCCCGGCAUGAGACCCGAAUCACAAGAAGAUGAUCCAUGCGAGCUAAGCGGACAACCCUGCGAUCACCGAUCAGGAAACAUGACCUUCUACGUCUCCACAAUUGAGCUCUACAAAAUCCUAGAGUCGAUCCUGUCAGAGAUCUACAAUGCAUGGCAAUCUAGCUCACGUCACCACCGCCCAAUGUCUCCUAGAGGUCCCAAGCACAAGAGUCUGGAUGUCAUCAUGGAGCUCGAUGAUAAGCUUUCCGCCUAUGAAGCGAGUAUCCCUGCAGUUCUCAAUUGGACACGCCCUCACCCACCAUUCAGCACAACUACCUCCCAAGAAUCGAUCUUUCAGCGACAACGAAAUGUGCUGCGUGCAAGAUUCAUCCAUCUCCGGCUCCUGCUUUUCCGACCCAUGUUUACGCAGCUAUGUUCAGAGGAACGCCUCGGCCUGAGCAGAAAUUCCGGCCAAGAGGCAAACAAGAGCACAACCCGCCCUGAUAAAAACAUUAUCUACUCCUCCAUGUCUGUGAACUGUGCAGCUGCAUGCGUCACGGCCGCUGUGGAGUUGGUCUCACUUGUCUACGAAACGUAUCGGACAUCUCUGACGGAUGCAUGGUGGUACAAUGGAUUCUAUACGUCAACCGCCGGUUUUGUCCUGAUCAUGUCGUAUUCCUGCCACUCGAUACUCGACCAAGUAGACGCCCGCACUGUCGACGAGAGCUGGCGCAAAUGCGAAGAAGUUCUCUCAGUCAUGUCUUUGUUCAGUGUUUCUGCGCGGAACUCGCUUCAAUUCUUGAAAGUUACGCAUUCGCAUAUUGUUCAGAACUACACCGGUAUGUCUCCUAACUUCACGGGGUUGCAUGUUCGCUCGGAGGCUAAGAAAAGACCAGCAGCUCGAAACGAAACCACCAUAUCUUUAGACCCGAACCAAACACAGCGGAGAGCAACACGCCAAUCCGGUCAUGAGCUCCCAACUCAGACUACAGGACACGAAGAUCACACCUCUCGCGAAACCGAGUCGAACUCCCCAAUCAACCCCUUCAUGAGCUGGGAAGACACAGGCCUAGGACAAGAGGAAUUUGGAUUCCUAGGAAGAUUCGACCUCCCAGACUUAGCAAGCUGGUUCACAGACGUCCCAGACAUAUAA